AUGGGUUCCGUCGCUGAAGUUGUGGUUCCCGUGGGCAUUCUGUCCUGGCGGACUGUCGGCACUCUCUCUGCCGCAUGGAUUGUUUACCACUUGGUCCGCAUGCUCUACAAUGUCUCUCCCCUUCAUCCUCUGAGCAAGAUUCCCGGUCCCAAGCUGGCGGCUGCGUCCUAUCUGUACGAGUUUUGGUUCGACUUCGUGAAAAAGGGUCGCUACACUCGCGAGAUCAGACGGAUGCAUCAGGUCUAUGGCCCCAUCGUUCGCAUAAACCCUGGCGAGCUGCAUUGCAACGACCCCAACUUUGGCGACGACAUCUACGCCAUCAACGGGAGGAAACGCAACAGACACGCACACCAGCUGAAGAACCUGCCAGCCGACCAAGCCGCAUCGAUCGCCGGCACCGUCGACCACGACAUCCACCGCAGGCGCCGCGGCGCCAUGAACAAGUUCUUCUCACGCCUUCAGAUGUUCAAGUUCGAGUCCAAGGUGCACGCCCUGGCCCAGCGGCUCUGCGACAAGCUCCUCGCCGGCGUGAGCGGCCCCGACGACGUCGUCCUCCUGACGGAGGCGUACAGCUGCUUCACCUCGGACGUGGUGUCCGAGUACUGCUUCGGCGAGGCAUUCGGGUUCCUGGACCAGGACGGCUGGACGCCCAACUUCCGCGCUGCGGUCUACGGGCAGCUGAACCACAUGUACUUCUUCAAGUUCUUCCCCUGGCUCAAGGGCAUCUUGAUUGUGGGACAUUGGUUCAAGGACUUUCUUCCUCGGGACACGGCAUUGCUCAUCGACACCUUCAACACGGAUAUACCCAACCGAGUAGAAAAGGCCAGGGAACAAAAGCUCUCCGGAUCGGGCCAUGGCAGAGACACCAACGUCUUCGCCGAGCUCUUCGACUCGGACCUCCCGGACGAGGAAAAGACCACGAAGCGCCUCACGGCCGAAGGCGCCGUCGUCAUGAUCGCCGGCACCGAGACGACCAGCUUCACCCUCACGGUCAUCACCUUCUACCUCCUCACCAGGCCCGAGAUCCUGGAGCGGCUGACGCGGGAGCUGCGCACCGUCGUCACGGACCCGCAGCAUCUCCCCAGCUGGUCGACGCUGGAGGCUCUGCCGUAUUUCAGUGCCGUGGUUGCCGAGGGAUUGCGACUGGCUCCCGGCGUUUCCUCGAGAAUCGCAAGAGUUGCAACGGAGGAGGAUCUGGUGUACCGUGGCAAGUGGGCGCCGGAGGGGUCAGGGACCGAGGUAGAGUUGACUCACGUCAUUCCACGGGGCUGGGCGGUUGGGAUGAGUGCCAUGGUCAGUCACUUCAACGAGAGUCACUUCCCGGACUCGAAUGAGUUCAUUCCCGAGAGGUGGAUGGACCAGAAUGUUCAGCGGAAGAGGGAGCUGGAGAAGGCUUUCAUCCCCUUUUCCAAGGGGACUCGGAAGUGUCUCAGAAUGUCGUUGGCCUACGCUGAGUUGUACGUGGCUAUGGCGGCUGUCAUUCUCAGGGUAGUCCCUCGAAUGAAGCUAUACGACACAACCAAGCGAGAGAUUGAGUAUGAUCACGACUUGGGUGUGCCUGUUCCAGUGAGCACCAGGGGGGUCAGAGUCAAGAUCGUUUGA